AGAAGAAGAAGAAAAAGACGAAGAAGAAGACUAAAUCCUCUCGAGGCGAACUGAUUUCAACAGGAACAACCGGGAAAAAACAGGAAAUAGUUCAGAGAAAAAAAGUCGGAGAAAACGCUCGUGGGACGACCUUUGUCUCCGACUGAAAUCAAAGUAACACUGAAGAAAGAGAGCAGAGAGAGAACUGAGCAACUAGAAACACAGACUGCUGCAGGACGAAACAACAAGCUAAGCUUCACUCUGAGACAAAAUGGCUUCCAGAUCAGACAAGGAUCUCUGCUGUCCGGUCUGUCUGGAAAUAUUUAAGGAUCCGGUUAUUCUGUCAUGUAGCCACAGCUUCUGUAAGGAGUGUCUGCAGAAAUAUUGGAGAACAAGAAGUGGUCGCUCAUGUCCUUUUUGUAGGAAACGAUCUGCAUCAGAUGCUCCACUCUGUAAUCUGGCUCUGAAGAAUCUGAUUGAGUCUUUCUUACAGCAGAGAGAGCAGAGAGCUUCAGAGGAUCUCUGCAGUCUGCACUCUGAGAAACUCAAACUCUUCUGUCUGGACCAUCAGCAGCCAGUGUGUCUCAUCUGCAGAGAUUCAGAAAAACACACCAAUCACAGAUUUAGACCCAUCGAUGAAGCUGCUCAGCAACACAAGAAGAAACUUCAGGAAACUCUGGAGCCUCUAAAGAAGAAGCUGGAGCUCAGGAAGAAAGUUCAGGAGGAGUUUGAUCAGACAGCAGAACACCUGAAGGUCCAGGCCCGACACACAGAGAGGCAGAUUAUGGAGCAGUUUAAGAAGCUUCAUCAGUUUCUAACAGAGGAAGAGGAGGACAGGCUGGCUGCACUGAGGGAGGAAGAGGAGCAGAAGAGAGGGAUGAUGAAGGAGAAGAUGGAGGCUCUGAGCAGAGAGAUAGCAGCUCUUUCAGACACAGUCAGAGCCACAGAGGAGGAGCUGAGAGCUGAAGACGUCUCAUUCCUGCACAACUACAAGGCUGCAGUGGAAAGAGUCCAGCGCUGCCCCCUGCUGGAGGAUCCACAGCUGCCCUCAGGAGCUCUGAUAGACCAGGCCAAACAUCUGGGCAACCUGGCCUUCAACAUCUGGAGCAACAUGGAGACCCUGGUGACCUACACUCCUCUGGUUCUGGACCCAAACACGGCUGGUCCAGGACUCUAUCUGUCUGACGAUCUGACCAGCAUUAGAGUAGGAACAAAUCAGCAGCUUCCUGAUAAUCCAGAGAGAUUUGAUAAUCACGGGGGCUGGUCUGUUGUGAGUUCUGAAGGUUUUAACUCAGGGAACCACAGCUGGGAUGUUGAUGUCAGAGACAGUAAAGCCUGGAUUCUUGGUGUGUUAGAAGAGUCUGUUCACAGGAAGGGAGGAUCAACGACCAGAUGGUUGGUGGUUGCGUUUGGUUCACGUAAAUACACAACAUGUUCUCCGUCAGUUCCUCCCAAAGUUCUCUCAUUCCAGAAGAAUCUCCAGAGGAUCAGAGUGAAUCUGGACUGGGACAGAGGAAAGCUGUCCUUCACUGAUCUGGAUACUAACACACACAUACACACCUUCACACACACCUUCACUCACAAGAUGUUUCCAUUCUUCUCCAUUUUUGAUAAACCAGUAAAUAUCAUACCGAUGAAGAUCUCAGUGAUCAAGCAGCAGCUCUGAUGAUCUCAGCAUGAAGAACACAAAGUUCAAAUAAAAACUUAUUGAUCAGAUUGAAACUGAGAGUUUUAAAGAGGAAACUGGAGACGAUCUGAUCAUCUGGAGAUUCUUCAU